GUACACAUGUGAGCGCGCCGCUCACACAGAUAGCAUUUCGAGCGUUAUUCGUACAAAUAUUAUUGAAUUAAUCUGAUACUAUAAAUACCUUCAAAUAACAUGUCUAUAAAUAUUUUUAAAAAUAAAUGAUUGCGCUAUUUGUCAUUUCCUAUCAGUUAUCGAUAGACAAAGUCGACUGUACCGAUUUAGUGAGCGUCGCGCUAACACUGUACUAACCGCGCAAUAUUUUUAUCACCACCGUCACAGUCGAUUACGUACACGUGUUUUUACUAUUUUUUAAUUUAUCAUGUCCAAUAAAGUUAUUUUGUGGUUAGAAGAGACCGAAGAAGUUUUUUUAGAUGACUCAGACGAUACCGAUGCUGAUCCUAGUUAUGUAGAUCCCGCCGAAUUACGUGAAAAUGAGUCUGAUAGUGACAUUUCUGAACCUACACCUAGUAUAAUUACUCAAAGAUCAAAUACUUCACAAACCUCUCGUUCAAGAAGUCAUAGUCCUAUAGCACAGAAUUCUUACUACUUAGGAAAAGAUAAACAAACAAAAUGGUAUAAAGACGCUCCUCCUAAAAAUGUACGUACUCGCCAACGUAACUUCGUUUUACGUUUACCAGGCGUAAAACCAACAGGUCGCAAUGCAAAUUCUAUUUUGAAGUGCUGGAACUUAUUUUUUGCUGAUUCCAUGAUUGACGAUAUAGUAAAAUACACCAACAUAUAUCUGGAUAAAAUUCGUUCAAAAUAUACACAAAAACAUAUGGUACGCGAAACCUCAAAAUCCGAAAUAAACGCGCUUUUUGGACUGUUAUAUUUGGCCGGUGUUCAACGUGGUAAUCAUCUCAACCUUGAUGAUUUAUGGUCAAAUGACGGCUUAUCUCCAGAGUAUUUUCGAGCAGUUAUGCCAAAAGCACGAUUUUAUAUUCUUCUAAGAGCAAUGAGGUUUGACGAUAUAGGUACACGGGCUCAGAGAAAACAAUUUGAUAAGCUUGCGGCCAUUCAUUCAAUAUUUGACGAAUUUGUUCUACGCUGCGAGAAUUAUUAUACAGUGGGGGCAAAUGUAACUAUAGAUGAAAUGCUCGAAAGUUUUCGAGGCCGUUGUAGUUUCCGAGUGUAUAUCCCAAGUAAACCUAACAAAUAUGGUAUAAAAAUCCAGGCCUUAGUCGACUCUAGCACCUUUUAUACGUCGAAAAUGGAAGUGUACGUUGGGACUCAGCCCGAUGGGCCUUAUAAAUGCGAAAACGACCCAGCAAGUGUAGUAAAAAGAUUAAUCGCCCCAAUUACGAAAACAGGUCGUAAUAUCACCAUGGAUAACUGGUAUAAUUCUAUACCUCUAGCAAUUGAUCUACUAAAAAAUCACAACACUACUGUAGUUGGUACACUUCGUAAAAACAAACGUGAAAUUCCCCUUUGUUUUUUAGACACUAAAAAAAGGCAAUUGAACUCUACGAUGUUUGGUUAUGACAAAGACAUAUUGCUUACGUCAUAUGUACCAAAAAAAAAUAAAAAUGUAUUGCUUAUUUCCACUAUGCACGAACAAGGUGUCAUUGAUCCAGAGUCUGAAAAAAGAAAACCAGAAGUGAUAACGUACUACAACAGUACAAAAAGUGGCGUGGAUUGUGUGGAUGAAAUGAAGGGCGAAUACUCUGUGGCUAGAAUAAGUUGCAGGUGGCCACUGACCAUUUUUUUCUCUCUGAUGAACAUAGGAGGCAUAAAUAGCCAAAUUAUUUUUCGAGAAAAUACAGGAAUUUAUCUAAGUCGUCGAAAAUUUCUAAAAACCUUGGGAAAAGAACUUACAAGACCAUUUAUGUUAGAACGAUUGCAGAUGCCUACUUUGCGUACAAGUAUUCGACAAAGAAUAAUAAAAUUGACUGGUUACACCAAGACAGAAGAUGAAGUCCCUGAACGUUCAAACAUUGAUCAUCGUCCGAAGUGCGUAUUUUGUCCAAAAAGAAAAAAUCGAAAGACCAUGACCAAGUGCGUAAAAUGCAGCGUGCCAAUAUGUAAGGAGCAUACGACGAGCACAUGCGUAUCCUGCUGUAACGAUCACAACGAAAUAAGUAGUACAGAAAGUGAAUAGACCAAAGUGAUGAAUUUAAUAGUUUAUAAAUUUUCAUUUAUAUUAAGUUUUUAAUUAAUUUGUAUUGCUUUAUAAGGAAAAAAAAAUUUUUUUUUGGAAUAAGAUUGUAGUUUUUUAUUUUUAUUUUAUAAAUUAUGACAUUUACUUAAAAAGUAUUUAUUUACUUUUUAGUGAAGGAUAAAAAUAUACAUAAUUCUAGGUACGGUGUAAUUUUUUAAGUUAAUCGAUCAAUUAAUAAUAAUAUAUAAAGUGAAGUGUGAGCGUCACGCUCACAGUGUAACAAUUAUGUUACGAAAUAUAUGUGUACCAACGACG